AUGACAGAUUCUUUAAAAAACAGACGUAAUAUCUUGCAUUAUUUCGAAGAAAGAGAUGACAGCACUUUCAAAUACAAAUUGUGCCUCGAUGAUAAACCUUUUAUUCUCAAAUCAAAAGAAAAACUUAGAAACGCGAAAACUCAUUUCUUCAAAAGGCAUUCAGAAAUCUGGAAUACUAUUAAACAACAACCAGAAGAAAGAAUUCUCAACAUACGCAAAUUCAAACGAGUGCAGAAAAAAGCUAUAACUAAAAACAUCAAUCAAAAAUGGCGUGCUCAAAAUUUUUCCAAAAUUGGCACAAACGAUCGAGGAAUUGCUGAAACUACAAGCAAUAUUUCAAUUGACAGUACUAAUGAAUUCGUAAGCAAUCAAGAAACCAUCGGUAUCGAAAUUCUAUCCAAUGAAAGUGAAAUUUCAAAUAAUGUCAGUGGAUUAAUUGAAAGCGAUCAAGAAACCAGCACCGAAACUCUAUGCAAUGAAAAUGAUGACAACAUUGAAGUACACGAAUGCGAUCAAGAAAUUCAAAAUAACAGAGAAGCUAUUGUCAUCGAAGCUCUAAGCAAUCAAAAUAAAAUUUCAAAUAACAAACAAGCCAUUAUCGAUAAUAUUAAAGAAAUCGAAGCUACAGAAGAUGUUUAUAUUACUAAUGACCAAAUCAUCAUCAAAGGAAAGUGCAAAAUCUCUUUCAAAUAA